AUGGAUGUCAGGGCUAGCACAGACCGCCCAGGUCACAGUGCUCUUGGAACGUCAACCUCUCGUGGCGAUGAAUACCAUGGAUAUGGCAAGGAAACGAAAGACAAUCUGGGGCCUGGAGCGAACAGAGAUAGCAUAGAAGCACUGGAAUGCUACGCUACAGAAAAAGGCAGACUCCCACAGCGGCCUGAUGGAUGGCGGUGGACGUUGGCAGUUAUCGUGUUGCUUGCCUCUGCCUUUCUCUACGGCCUCGAUACUACAAUCGUGGCAGACGUUCAAGCACCAGUUGUAGAACAGUUUGGGGCCGUUCAAAAACUUAGCUGGCUAGGAUCAGGUUUCCCCCUAGGCUCGGUUGCCACAAUACUUCCAAUUGGCGCACUAUACAAUAUAUUUAGCAUCAAAAUCGUGUACAUUGUUUCUAUUGUUCUGUUCGAGGCCGGAAGUGCAUUAUGUGGUGCGGCACCAGACAUGAACGCCUUGAUUGUAGGAAGAGUUAUUGCCGGAAUCGGGGGUUCUGGAAUGUAUCUUGGGGUUCUUACAUAUUUCUCCGUGUUUGUUUCUGAGAGACGACAGCCGCUUUAUGUGAGUAUAGCUGGGUUCGUCUGGGGGCUAGGUACUGUUAUUGGGCCAGUUAUUGGAGGCCUAUUUGCGCACAGUGAAGCCACUUGGAGAUGGGCAUUUUAUAUCAACUUAGUUCUAGCCGCCGCGAAAGCCCCAGUGCUUUUACUGCUGGUCCCAGAUUAUCUGCCAAAUACCCAGAAGAAAGCUUUCCAGAAGCUAAAGGAGCUCGACGUGAUUGGAAUGAUACUCAAUGCCGGAAUAUACGUUGGAUGGGUAAUCCCAAUGACGUUCGCUUCAACACUCUGGGGGUGGUCUGAUAAUCGCACAAUCGCCUCUUUCGUGGUAUUCGGCGUGGUAUUUAUUGCUUUUGCCAUCCAACAGGGCGUUCCUCUCUUCACGACUGUAGAGAGGCGCGUUUUCCCUGCCCAAUUCUUAAAACGAUCGGUGAUGGUACUUUUAUACAUCAGCACAUCCUGCACGAACUCAGCUCUCCUCGUCCCCGCCUACUACAUCCCACUUUUCUUCCAGUUCACUAGAGGAGACAGUCCUGUGGAUGCCGCUGUCCGACUCCUGCCUUUAAUCAUCCUUGCGAUUGUCUCAGUCAUGGUUCAGGGAAUAACUAUGCCUUUAGUUGGAUAUUACGCACCGUACUACACGAUAAGUGGCGUUCUAGUAGUGGUGGGUUCCGCUCUCAUGUCGACUGUUGGCGUGGAUACCCCAGUCGCCAAUAUCUACGGGUACAGCGUUAUCCUUGGAAUAGGCACAGGACUUGGUGUACAAGCUUCCUACGGAAUUGCUGCAGCCAAGGUCAAGGAAGACGAGGUUCAACAUGCUAUCAACUACAUCAACCUGGCUCAAAUCGGAGCGGAGACUAUUUCGCUCACCAUAGCUGGAACAAUCUUCCAACAGCUGGCUUUCAAGAACCUUUCUCUAUAUUUGGCUGGCCGAGGUUAUACCUCUGCAGAACUAGUUGCCGCCAUCGCCGGGACUCAAUCCGUGAUUCUUCAGAAUGGCUCUGAGGAAGUUAAGACACUAGCGAUCAAGGCUAUAGUGGAAGCCAUGAAGAAAGUGUAUGUGUCUAUGAUCGCUGCUGGUGGGCUCCAGGUUGUGUGCUCCUUCUUCCUGCCACAAGAGAAACUAUUCAUGAAACCGGCAGCCGCGUGA